AUGUAUAAUAGAAACUUAAAUACAGAAAAAAAAGGUAUUUUAAAUAAGAGGAGAAAUACAGUUAAUGAAAUAAAUAAUAGGGAGGAAACAUAUAAUAAAUAUAUCGCUACUGGCGAUUAUACUAAUAAUAGAAACUCAAAUUCAUGGCAUGAUGAGUACAGGAAUUCUUCUUAUAUAUAUAUUUCGGGUUUAGAUCUAAGGCUUACAGAAGGAGAUAUUGCAAUAGUGUUUUCUCAAUGGGGAGAGCCUAUUGAUAUUAAUUUAAUUAGGGACAAGAAGUCGGGAUUAUCAAAAGGUUAUUGUUUUUUGUGCUAUGAAGAUCAAAAAAGCACUAUUUUAGCUGUAGAUAACGCAAAUGAUAUGAUUUUACUAGGAAAACAUCUAAAAGUUGAUCACGUCAAGGAUUAUAAGCCAAAUUGUGAUGGGAAUUAUGUAUUUACAGGUGCAGAGGGAAGUGGAAUUGGAAUUAUUGGAGUUACCAAAGAUAUUCAAGCACGGUAUAAAACAGAAUUGGAUAUAUUGGAUUUUCAUUUUGGAGAUAUAAUGGCAAGAAAAGAGAGAGGAAGAGAGAGAAAAGUGGAUAAAAGUAGAAGAAUGAGAUCUUUAAGUAGAUCUCUCUCGCGAUCAUAG